GUUCCCACCAGACACUUAAGGCCCUUUCAACCCUAAUAAAUUACCCAAAAUCCGCUUGCAAAGGAGAAAAAAAACAAAUUUUCCUCGUCAUUUGCCGAUUCUUUAAAGUUAUUUUUUUUCGACAAGUCCACCGAGAUUUUUUGUUCAUUUUGAAUUUCGAGAGUCGAACAUUCAACUCGAUAUAUCGCAGGGAGAUUACGGUUCAAGUGAAUCUCUCCUCCCCGAGAAUUUAUCAAUAACCGGGGGAGUUUCUGUGAACGGCAGUCUCGCAUUGGAAGUUACGUGUCAACGUUUCUGGGGUUUAUUUAAUCUGAAAUAUGGCCUCUGAGGGUGGUCUAGCACCAGAUGCAGCUGCGGGAGCAGGUAGUGAUGGAAUCGUUGGUGGGCCUAGGACACCCCAACAGAUUGCCUCCCAGAAGCGAUUGCAGCAGACACAAGCGCAAGUUGACGAAGUUGUCGACAUCAUGAAGACUAACGUCGAAAAGGUUCUCGAGCGUGAUCAGAAAUUAUCUGAACUCGAUGAUCGAGCCGAUGCCCUUCAACAAGGUGCCUCGCAGUUCGAACAGCAAGCAGGAAAAUUGAAAAGAAAGUUUUGGCUGCAGAAUUUAAAAAUGAUGAUUAUAAUGGGCGUCAUCGGUCUCAUUAUCCUGGCCAUCAUCGUCGCUAAAUUUAUGCCAGAAUCGCCUCCAGCAGCGCCCCAAGGCCCAAUUUAUCAGUACGGCCCACCCCCAGGUGCUCCAGCCCCCCCAGCACCAGCUCCAGCAUCAGGUGGUGCACCUCAAACAGCUCCAGCUGCUCUCGUUGGCUCACUCAAUCAAGGAAUUCUCCGCAGUGUAAUGUAAAAAAAAAUCGAAACAGCUCAGAGAGGAGAAAAAAACUACUCUAAGAAGAAUUCCAACGAACGAUUUCAUUUCAAUCCAGGCGGAAGAAAAUUUAUUAUUUUACCUUAAAUUUCUUAAAUAUCAACUUAAUAUUACUGAGAAUAUAUUUAACGAUUAGUUCAUAUGCUGAAAGCCCUUAUCGAUACACUCGAUUUAUUGUACGAAUCCCCCGAUAAAUUAUGAAAUAAUUAUAAUCUAUACGAAGAGUUUUGAAAAGUCCGUGAAUAAUUCAAAUUAAAUUAAAUAGAAAGAGUGGUGAAAUUAAUAUUUCACUGUAAUAUAUAAUCCAACGUGCAAAGUGAGCUGAUAUAUGUUGUAUAUAAAUAAAUAUACGUCAAGUCAAUGCGAGACUAUUGUUUCAAUCAUUAAAAUUAACGAAGCGACGGGAUUAAAUAAAGAUGACCACGUUUUUGUCAAUGAUUGAAGGAUUUUAAAAAUGCUUGAAAAUUCCGUAUUUAGAUUCCUAAUGAAUAUAUUGAUGAGAAAAAACACGCCUUUAAUUAAUGCAUGCCACUUAUAUUUCACUUAGGAAUUAUUCAAUUGAUUUGGGUGGACAGAUAUUUUUAAACAAUUUUCUUUUUCUCAUCUUUGUGUAUUUCAUGCUUUAAGAAGAAUGAUGGAAAUGGGAAGUUAAUGUUAUCGAUUCAGUCUUUAAUUGAUGAAAAAUAAACCCCAUCCAUGUACAUGUAUUAUAAUAAAGUAGAAAUAUAUUAUAUAUAUAUAUAUA